AUGGACUUCCCUCCAGAAGUUCGAGAGCUCGUGCAGCAGCUGAAGUCUGCUGGGAUGCAGAUUGACGAAUCGAAUCCGCAGGAAGUUAUGCAGGCGCUGUUUCGAGUGCAGCAAAUGGCGGCCAAGAAGAAGAAGUCCGAGAUGGUCAGUAAAGACCGCGCGCUCCCUGGCCGAAGUGAAGCACAGGUCGUGGCAGCUCAGCAUUACGUGCUGAAGAACCCGAUGAAGAGUCCAUGGCCUGAGGGAUUUAAAAUCUGUGUCUUUGCAAACGGCUGCUUCUGGGGCAGUGAGAAGGGAAUCUGGCGCUUGCCCGGCGGUGGCAUUUACUCUACAGCUGUUGGUUAUGCUGGUGGCUAUACCCCAAACCCGACUUACGAAGAAGCAUGUUCAGGACAAACUGGACAUACUGAAGCAGUGCAGGUGGUCUUUGACCCUGCGAAGAUAAGUCUGGUGGAUAUUUUGCGCUGGUUUUGGGAAGCCCAUGAUCCCACACAAGGAAUGGGUCAAGGGAACGACCGUGGCACUCAGUAUCGUAGUGCCUUGUACUACUUCGAUGAUGAGCAGCGGCUACUGUACGAAGCCAGUAAAGAGGCAUAUGAAGCUGAACUGAAAGCCAAUGGAAAGGGCCGUGGACCGAUUACAACGGAAAUUCGAGCGGCAUCCGAUUUCGAGGGCGAGGUUUUCUUCUAUGCAGAAGAGUACCACCAGCAAUAUUUGGCAAAGCCAGGAGCUCGUCCGUACUGUUCGGCAGAGCCACAACAGGUGUCGCUUCCAGCAUAUGAGAAGUGGUGCCCCGCUGUUCUGCAGAGCAAGCAUGCACCGAAGUUACCGGAGGAGUUUUGGAGCGCUCACGGCCCAAAGCCGCAUUGUGUGAUACGGUCUCCGAACGAGCCGAUCAAGUGGCCGUAG